AUGCCAUUUCUGAACCUUUUCCCUCUUACAGGUAAAGUUGAUGUUCAAGUAGACCUUGAAGCUAAAUUGGAAGUGGAACAUGCAAUUAUGUUUGAAAGUGAAAGUGAUAGUGACUUUGAAAGUGAAAGUGAUGUGGAAGCUAAAAUUGAAGUGGAAGCUACAAGUGAUUUGGUACCUGAAAUGGAUGUUAACAUUGAAGUUCCUGAAGUUGAUGUGGAUGCUAACAUUGAAGUUCAUGAAGUUGAUGUGGAAGCUAACACUGAAGUACUCAAAGUGGAUGCUAACAUUGAAGUUCCUUUAGUUCAAGAUAACAUUGAAGAAGAGAUUCAAGAUGAAGUGGAACAUGAAAUUCAAGUUAACAUUCAAGAAGAAGUUCAAGAUAAUGUGGAAACAAGAAAUUCAAGACAAUGUAGAAAUUCAAGUUAG